CUUCAUCACCAGCUCUCUGAACUCCAGGUGGCUGGAGGAUCUUUGAGGUUCUGGAGUAAUAUCUGUGUGGUUCUGGUCCGACCCGUUUUGCUCGGUGGGCCAUGCAGCGCUGCGCCUCCUCCCAGCCUCCUGUGGAGGAGAUCCACGCUGAGGAAGAGGAGGAGGUGUUUCAGGAGACUGGAGGCGUUAACGAGGAGCAGGUCGGACCGGUGGAGGAGUCGUCAGCCCGGGAACCCGAUGGCCGGCCGGCUCCUGUGGAGCAUAAGAACGGGAAGCGGGCCGAAGCCGGACCCGGCGCGGCGGACAGCGGUCCGAGGUUCUCCAUGUUCACCUGGCUGGUGGUCGUGGCUCUGCUGGGCGUCUGGAGCUCCGUGGCCGUCUUCUACUUCGACAUCGUGGACUACGACAGAGUCCUGGCGAGGGCGCAGGAGUUUCGUAUGAACUUUUCUGAAGUUCUGCAAGGGAAACUAGCCGCCUACGACACGGAUGGAGACGGAGACUUCGACGUGGAGGACGCCAAAGUUCUGCUCGGCCUGACCAAAGAUGGCGGCCGUAGCGCCAACGCCGAGUCGCUCGAGGAGGUUCUGAACAUUUUAGCAGAGGAGGGCUCUGAUUGGAUCUAUGGCUUCUUCACCUUCCUUUAUGAUGUAGUUUCUCCCCCCGCACAGCGAGAAAAGACCAGUAAGCCUGAGGUGGAAACGCCGACCCAGAGAGCUCCAGAACCGGAGGAGGACGGUCCUGCAGCGGAGGAGACGUCAGUCCCUGGAUCUCAGGACGUGGAGUCUGAAAUCCAAGCUGCCGUUCCUCUGCCGCCGCUGGACGACAGCCAUUUUGUUCCAGACGACCCGACAGAACCCGGAGAGCGCUACGAGGAGGAGCCCGGCUCCAUCGACACCACAGGAGUUCUGGUGGAGGAGAGCCAGCCGGAGGAGACUGAGGGGGAAUCGGGUCGGUACCAGACCAGCUCCACACUCUCAGCGGAAGCAGAAGCAGAGGAGCCUCCUAAAGCAGAGCCAGAACCAGAACCCCGGACUGGGUCGACCCAACCCACAGGGAGCAGGCAGGAAGCCGACGCAGCAGCAGAGGAAGCAGCCGAGGAGCAGAAGGAAAAAGCGAAGAAGAAGAAACUCAAACUGCUGAACAAGAUCGAUAAAAGCAUCAAAUCAGAGAUCGAUGCGGCGGAGAGGCUGAGGAGGAAGGGGAACCUGGACGUGGCCCUGAAGGCGUUCGAUUCCCUGGUCCAGCAGCAUCCUCUGAGCCCGCGCGCUCGCUACGGGAAGGCCCAGGUGCAGGACGACCUGGCGGAGAAGCUGCGCAGCAACGACCUGCUGCAGAGCGCCAUCAACACCUACGGAGAGGCUGCAGAGCUGCCCGGCGUGACCUCUGACCUGCUGAGGGCGGCGCUGAGGAGACGGGCCGAGAGGCAGCAGUUCCUGGGUCGGAUGCGGGGGUCGCUGGCGACGCUGCAGAAACUCGUCGACGUUUUCCCCGACGACGUCGGCCUGAGGAACGACCUGGGCGUCGCCCACCUGUUGCUAGGCGACAACAAGGGAGCGAAGAAGGUUUACGAAGAGGUCCUCGCCGUUGCCCCUAGCAACGGGUUUGCCAAGGUUCACUACGGCUUCAUCCUGAAGGCGGAAAACAAGAUCGCAGAGAGCAUCCCGUACCUCAGGGAAGGCUUGGAGUCCGGCGAGCCGGGAACCGACGACGGCAGGUUUUACUUCCACCUGGGAGACGCUCUGCAGCGAGUCGGAGACGACAGCGCGUACCGGUGGUACGAGCGGGGUCACCAGCGAGGGCACUUCGCCUCCGUGUGGCAGCGCUCGCUCUACAACGUGGAGGGACUGAAGGCUCAGCCCUGGUGGACGCCGCAGGAGACGGGAUACACCGACCUGGUCCGGAUGCUGGAGCGGAACUGGAAGACGAUCCGGGACGAAGCGCUGGCGGUGAUGGACCGCAGCCGGGGCCGCUUCCUUCCUGAGGAGGAGAACCUGAGGGAGAAAGGAGAGUGGGGCCAGUACACGCUGUGGCAGCAAGGGAAACGGGUGGGAAGCGCCUGCCAGGGCGUCCCGAAGACCUGCGCCCUGAUGGAGCGGUUCCCUGAAACGACGGGCUGCAAGAGAGGACAGAUAAAGUUCUCGGUGAUGCAGCCUGGGACUCACGUCUGGCCUCACACCGGACCCACCAACUGCAGGCUGCGGAUGCACCUGGGCCUCGUCAUCCCGGCGCCGGGCUGCAGGAUCCGCUGCACCAACCAGACCAGGGAGUGGGAGGAGGGGAAGGUGCUGAUCUUCGACGACUCCUUUGAGCACGAGGUGUGGCAGGAGGCCGACGGCUACCGGCUGAUCUUCAUCGUGGACGUGUGGCACCCGGAGCUGAGCCAGUACCAGCGCCAGACGCUCAGCCCCAUUUAGGACCGGUUCCGCCCACCCGGUUCCGCCCACCCGGUUCCGUGGACCCCACGGUUUGAGUCGUGAAGGAGCGGCCUGACCGAUGGACUCAGACUGAUGAAUGUUUUAAACUACUGACUGGACGUUAAGCCGGACGGCUCGGUACUUUCUGGGCCCGGUUCUGAUCGGGUCGGGUUCUGGUGUUCCGUCGUGAUCGUGGAUCCAUUCACUUCCUUUAAUAAUGAACCAGAACCACCUCCUUCUCUCCAUCCCUGUCUGUGAAUUACUGAAACACUACAGCUGCAGGAAGCUCUGGACCUUCACAAUAAAAGCCUGCAUCAUGUUUUAAUUGCUGUCAAAAAAACUUUCCUCCGCCUGUUUCCUCUUGAUCAGCUUUUUUUUUUUUGCACAUUUACUUUGCAAUACAAGAUGUUAAAAAAGAUGAUUAAUAUUUAUAUAAAAUAAUAAAAAAUGAAAAAAAGG